GUCCCCGCCCGCCUCGCGGGAGUAGGUGGGAGCGCCGGCAGGGGGCGCAGUGGAGUGCGCCUGCGCAGCGAGGCUGCGGGGGCGGCGGGGCGGUUGUUGUAGUAACGGGGAAGCGGCGGGAGGGGCCGCGGCUCCCUGCGCGCCCGGCCCGGCCUGCCCGCCCUGCGGGACAGGUAACUGCUCUUGCAGCUAGGACUGGGCUGUAUGAAAACUCCCAAAGGAAAUGCCAGUUGGGAUGGCUAAAGAUCUGGAUGAAACUGGCUCGUCCUCAGAGGAGGAAGAUCCUGUAGAUGCACUGGAGGGCCAUCCAUGUAUCAAGUGGACAGGUGGUGGCUGCAGGCGUGUCCCUGUCUUGGUGUUUCAUGCUGAAGCCAUUCUGGCUAAGGACAGCUACCUCCGUCUCAUUGGAGAGCGCUUCCGCAUGUCCUAUAAGAUUGUGCGGACAGACAGCCGGCUGGUUCGGAGCAUUCUGACUGCCCAUGGAUUCCACGAGGUUCACCCUAAUAGCAGUGAUUAUAACCUCAUGUGGACAGGAUCACACUUGAAGCCCUGCUUGCUGCGUUCCCUUACAGAUAUUCAGAAAGUAAACCAUUUCCCUAGUCUCUUGUUUUGGGACUGCAGGUCAUAUGAACUGACACGAAAGGACAGACUGUACAAGAAUGUCUGCCGAAUGCAGCUCGCCCAUGGCUUCAAGACAUUCCAUAUCUUACCUCAGACCUUUAUCCUCCCAACAGAGUACCAGGAGUUCUGCAAUACCUAUUCUAAGGACAGAGGCCCAUGGAUAGUGAAGCCUGUGGCCUCUUCCAGAGGUCGAGGUGUCUACCUGAUAAAUAAUCCAAACCAAAUUGUAGUGGAAGACAACAUCUUGGUGUCUCGUUACAUCAGCAAUCCCUUGCUCAUAGAUGAUUUCAAGUUCGAUGUGCGUCUCUAUGUUCUGGUUACAUCUUAUGAUCCCCUUGUUGUCUAUCUCUACGAGGAAGGAUUGGCCAGAUUUGCUACAGUGAGGUAUGACCAGGCAUCCAAGAACAUUAAAAACCAGUUCAUGCAUCUGACUAACUACAGUGUUAACAAGAAGAGUGGAGAUUAUGUCAGCUGUGAUGAUCCUGAAGUAGAGGAUUAUGGAAACAAGUGGAGCAUGAGUGCAAUGCUGAGGUACUUAAAACAAGAGGGGAGAGACACUGCAGCACUGAUGGCCAACGUGGAGGACCUGAUUAUCAAGACUCUAGUUUCUGCUGAGCCGUCCAUUGCAUCAGCUUGUAAAAGUUUUCUUUCACAUCGUGGCAGCUGCUUUGAGCUAUAUGGUUUUGAUGUCCUUAUUGAUGACACUCUGAAGCCCUGGCUGUUGGAAGUGAACCUGUCCCCAUCACUGGCCUGUGAUGCUCCUUUGGACCUGAAGAUCAAAGCUAGCAUGCUUUCAGAUAUGUUCACUCUUGUAGGCUUUGUAUGCCAGGAUCCAGGCCAGCGGUCAAGCCGGUCCAUUUAUCAUUCAUCUGAAUCUGUCAGAAGAAAUCCAUACCAGAAGCUGCAGCGUCCUGUGUCUGCACAGUCACAAAGAGCAAACAGCAGAUCACGUACCCGUCCUCUGUCUGCCAGCAAUGCUGAAGUUAAAAGCUCGAUGCCCUUAGGCAGAGAAAAGGCAGCAGGAAGGCACAGCAGCUCUAUGCUAGGCCUCUCUAUGGAGGAGAUCAAAGUUCUUCGGCGAGUGAGAGAGGAAAAUGAGCGGAGAGGAGGCUUCAUCCGGAUAUUCCCUACCCCAUUAACAUGGGACCUUUAUGGAUCUUUUCUAGAGCACAAGACAUCAAUGAACUACAUGCUGGCUACACAUCUGUUCAAGGACAGGAGCAAGAUGAAAAGAGAGUUCAUCACUGGGAGAUCCCGAGCAGGUCUCCAUGGAAGGCCGGAUAUGAGGAUGGAAGCUGUGGGCUCUCAUGCUCUCUUUUAUGAGAGGAAGCUCGUUUCACUGGAGUUACGGAAGCGUCGGCGGUACCAUGGCAAGGUUGGAGCAGCACAGACAAGAUCAUCAGGCACAUCAGAACCAACAAAGCUGUCCCUCAAGUCAGACAUGGAAGGUGAGGAGGAAGAGGAGUUGGAUGAGGAUGAGGAUGAAGAGGUAGAUAGAAGUGUUUGCUCUCUUUCGGACACCCAGGUGAAAAGCAAGCCAAAGCUCUCUGACUCUGUGACAACUCCUUGUAAGAAGAGGUUACCAAAAAAACACAACAAGAAGACUGGAGAUGGAGAAAAGCUGUUUCUGAAAAAGCAAGCCUCAGAAUCUCAGUUUAACUUGCUUCAGAUUCUUCAAAAUCAAGGAAACUUGAGCAAAGUACAAGCUCGUACAGCUUUCUCUGCCUAUCUACGGCACGUUCAGCUCCGACUGAUGAAGGAGGCUGGCGAACAGAUCCAGAAUCCUGCCUGGGCUGCCAAAGAGGAUGAACAAAUGGACCUCAUCAUCCGCUUUCUGAAGCGAGCUGCCAGCAACCUGCGUCCGUCUCUGAGGCUGCUGCUCCCCAGCCGCCACAUUGGACUGACGGAUCGGCGCCGCAUCCUGGCUCGCCAGCUGGGAGAGUUCAUCAUCUCCUACAACAAGGAAACAGAGCUGAUGGUUCAGAAACAAUCAAAAAAGAAACAGGAAGAGGAGGUGGGAGUGAAUCCUGAAGAUUUUCAGAACUUCAUUUCCAGAGCAAGUGAAAGUGACCUGGAGGAAGUACUGACAUUUUACACACACAAAAACAAAUCAGCAAGUGUCUUCCUAGGAGCAAAAUCCACAGCCACAAAACACAGCAACAGCAGUCAUCAGUUAGAGAAACAGCCUCAAGGUGAGCCUCCUGAGAUGGUAAAAAAAAUAAAAGGCGAUCACCCCAAAAGUUCAGUUGCAGAUUCGUCUGCAGAAGGAGCACUAAAAGGCUGUAAACCCAAAGAAGCUAAAUCAAGCUUUCCAGAAGGACUCACCUGCUCCUCAAAUGCCGAAGCAAAAUUACCUCAGUGCAGCCCUCCUGGUGCUUCUUCCUCUGUUCCUGGUGCCACGUUCCAGAGAAGUACCAGUUCUUGGAUGCCAUCUCAGCCUGCAGCCUCUGAAAAUCCAAAGGUGUCUGGUCAGCCUUCAUUGCCGCCUCCUCCAGCUGGUCCCAGACUGAUUCAGUCCCCACCCCCAGCACACUCCUUGCAGAGCACAGCUCCUGACAGCUCUUCUGUCCUCACAAACCCCGUGUCCAGUGAGACUUGUAGCCUUGCAGGGUUACAUCGUCGUGCUGGUAACUACACCAUCGGCCCAUUCUCAUCUUUUCAGAGAGCUGUUCAGAUCUACAGCCAAAGAUUGUCCCGAAUACCCUCUGCAAAAGUAGGUCUCCAUCGCAGUUCCAGCGGGCCAUGUGUGGGCUCAGCCAGGAUGCACAAAGAUGCAGAACACACUGCCCAGGCCAAGCGUCAUGGGCCCACUGUGGCAGCAGCAGAACCACAGCAGCUGGCAGAAAAGCAAGCAGCCUGCCAGCAUUCCCCACCAAGCCACGUCAGUCUCGUUACACAGCAGUUAACAAACCUGGACUUGGCAAGUGGAGCUAUAAGCAAGGGGAAUGCAGCUGCCCCACAGAGCUACUGGUCACCACUCAACAAAAGAGGGUCACUGUGGCCUGUUCAGUCAGACACUCAUAGAGAUGACAAAAGAUCUGUCUCUUCAGCAGUCAGGGCUCCAGAGAAUCAUCAUUUUGCCUUGGAAGGAGAGAUGGACAACAGUGCCUACAAGGUGACACGGGGUCCUCUGGCACAUCCCAGCUAUCAGCUUCAGUUUGCUGUGCAGCAGCUUCAGCAGCAGAAACUUCAGUCAAGACAGCUGGUGGAGCAAAACCAAGCACGGCAACAGGCUGGUUUUCCCAACUACUCACAAUCCAGCACCAGUCAUAUAUCUAUGCCAGCUGGCUCUGAUGCCCGCAAGACAUCAAAUGCCACUUCUAGUGUCCAGAAGGCAGCCAGUUUGCACAAAGUGAUGCCAUCCCAGACUACAGCUCCUCAGCUGGUUCCAAAGCCUCCAACAAACCACAGACAGGCAGUGAUCAGAAAGGCUGCAACCCAGAGGAUAUCCAAGUUGACCUCCACUGAAAAGCAACUGAAUGGAUUCCAGAACAGCCUUCACAAUGCUGCACCCUGUGAGCCAGGGACAUAUUCCACAGCUUCUGCUCGCAGAGAAGGAUUGACUCAGAACUCCAGGUGAGGAAUCCCAAGAGUUCCUUCAAGUAUGGGACAAAGGAAGAAGCAGCAGCAGUGACUUCACACCAUCACAUUCCCGUAUCAGGCAAAAAGGAGAGAAGAGGGGGCCUUGGUGAGAGAACAAUCCACUGAAAAGGGUAUCUAAACAUCUGUGAAAGCAGAUUGUGGUGAUACACCUGCAAGCUGAGAUGAAUGAAUGCUUCUGAGAGCAUCUGCUGCUGAGUCUUUAUCUCUUCCUUCCAUUUCUUGCUGAUCACUAACUGUGAGAUCUUUCUGUAAGACAAAAGAUCUUUACUGCAGCUGUUCUUCCUAAAGUCCAGGUUUGAACAUGAAGUCUAACUUGCUCAGCCAUCCAGUCUGGUAAUAGCCAAGAUUCCACGCUUUCAUCACAUGGCAACCAUCACCAGAGAAAAACAUUAGAACAUGCAACUGGAGAUGUCUGUGUUGGUUGCCAUCUUGAAUUUUGGCACACAGCCAUAGAAAUUAACAGUUUAAAUAAAGUCAUUUCAUUUGUUUGUUUUGGU